AAGCAAGCAAGCGGAGUCUUCCUCUUCCCUUCCCUCCCCACCCAAUCCCAAUCCCCAAUCCCCAAUCCAUCAGGAAAGCAAGCGGAAACCCUACGACCCCGAUCUCCGAUGGCCCCGUCGCCGCCGCCGCCGGCAGCGAGCGGCGCGCAGUACGCGCACCAGUUCCUCAACACGGCGCUCUCCCAGCGGGGCCCCUCGGCGCUGCCCUACGCGGAGGACGUCAAGUGGCUGAUCCGCAACCACCUCGUCGCGCUCGCCGACGCCUUCCCGUCCCUCCGCCCCAGGGCCGCCCUCUUCACCCACAACGACGGCCGCGCCGCGCACCUGCUCCAGGCCGACGGCACCAUCCCCAUGACCCACGGCGGCCACGUCUACAACCUCCCCGCCGUCAUCUGGCUCCCCGAGCCCUACCCGCGCGCCCCGCCGCUCGUCUUCCUCUCCCCGACCCGCGACAUGCUCAUCAAGCCCAACCACCCGCUCGUCGACCGCUCCGGCCUCGUCGCCGGCGCGCCAUACCUCCGCUCCUGGGUAUUCCCGUCCUCCAACCUCCUCGACCUCGCCAGGUCCCUCUCCCACCUAUUCGGCCUCGACCCGCCCCUCUUCACCAGAUCCGCUCCUCAAUCCCAACCCCCUCCCCCGGCCUCCUCCAUCACCCCCGCUCCAGCUCCCUCUCCCCGCCCGCCCCCUUCAGAAGCUGCCAUGUACGCCCCUCGCCCAUACAGGUUCCCGGCCUCGCCCCAGCUCGCAGCGCGCCCCCCGCCCACCGAGGACCCCGCCGAGGUCUUCAAGCGCAACGCAAUCGCCAAGCUCGUCGACACCGCCUACGCCGACGCGGCCGCCCUGCGCACCACGCGCGAGGCCGAGGUGGAGGCCCUCUUCGCUGUGCAGGCCGAGCUGCGUGGCCGGGGAGUGCACGUAAACGAGGGCGUGCGCAGGAUCACGGAGGAGAAGGAGGCGCUCGAGCGCCGCCUCCUCGACGUGAUGGGUGCCACCAACGUCAUCGAGACCUGGGUCGCCGAGAACCGCAAGGGAGCCGCCGACGACGCCGGAGCGGACUCAGCCAUUCAGCCAGCGGACACGCUGUCCAGGCAGAUGCUCGAGUGCACCGCCACCGAUCUGGCGCUCGAGGACGCCAUAUACGCGCUCGACAAGGCCGUCCAGGAAGGGUCCGUGCCCUUCGACGGCUACCUCAGGAGCGUGCGCGCGCUGGCGAGGGAGCAGUUCUUCCAGCGUGUCCUCGGCACCAAGGUCAACCAAGCACAGCAGCAGGCGCAGGUUGCUAGGAUGGCCGCACGGGCACCGCCACAGUAUGUGUCAUAGCGACCACCACCGGGGGAUAGGUCAGUAUACAUGCUGCUUUUCAACCGAUUCUAUCAGUUGUAACAGUCGCUCGCAGUGUAAAGUUUGUUACCAGUGUCGGUUUGCGCUUAGCAGCAUUGUGUUUCUGGUGAGGAUGAUUACUACAUAUCAACAGAUGGAUGGAUGUUAGUGUGUAUCACAAUAAGAAAUUGUUUUAGUAGUUGGGUUCAUGGUGUUGUAUUGGGUUUUUGAACUUGCAGUACAUAUCUCAGUUUUGUCCUUUAAGCUUA